AUGUCUGCCUCCAGCGGAUCGAUCGCAAUCAUAGGCGCAGGCUCAGUGGGAGCAGCCAUCGCAUACUCCCUCCUUCUGCGCCAGGUGGUGGCGGACAUCAUCUUGGUUGAUAUCAAUCACGAGUACUGCCAAGCACAAGUCGAAGAUCUCUCCGAUGCCACGUUUCUCUCCAACGUCCGAAUUCGUCAAGGAACAGCAGAAGACGCCCGGAAUGCAGAUAUCAUCAUCAUUUCUGCUGGUGCCAAGCAAAAGCCGGGCGAGACGCGGAUUGGACUGAUCGAUAGGAAUAUCAAGGUGCUGGAGUCGGUCACGAAAUCUCUUCAGCCCAUUCGCAGCGACGCGAUCCUCUUGAUUGUUGCGAACCCGGUUGACAUUCUUACUUUCUAUGCGCAACGGCUGUCGGGCUUGCCGAGGAAUCAAGUCAUUGGAUCUGGCACUAUGCUUGACUCCAUCAGGCUGACUGGAAUUCUGGCAAAGAAAUUGAAGGUCUCUGAUAGCUCAAUCCAUGCGUUUGUCAUCGGCGAGCAUGGUGAUUCACAAUAUGUUGCGUGGUCCUCUGCAACUGUGCAUGGAAGACCUCUACUCAAAGCUCUUCCAUUAACUAAGACCGAACGUGAGGAAAUAGCAACUACCACGAGAAUGAAGGCAGAUUCGAUCAUCAAGGUGAAGGGCUUCACUUCGUACGGUGUGGCUGCUGUGGCAGCGAGAAUGUGCGAGGCUAUCAUCUUUGAUCAUCGGAAGAUUUUGCCACUGAGCCAUUGGCAGGAGGAUUUGGGCUGCUGUCUCAGCUUGCCGGCUGUCUUAGGAAGGAAGGGUAUCUCGCCGUUUCAAGUGGAUUUGGAUGAGACUGAACAGCAGUUCUUAGUGCAGUCUGCACAGGCGUUGAGAUUGAUUAUCAAAGAGAAUGACCAGAAUUCAUAA